UUCUUCACCCCGCCGUUCGAGUUAUAAAGCUAAGUUAAACGCAAAGUGUGUCAUUUUAAGGCCUUUAUUUUAGUGACAUGAAACCAAGAGGACGUAGCGAGUGAAAAUGACACAAAAGAAAUUUUCAGGGGCGCCUUUUGGAGUCCAAACUGUGAGGUAAGCAUCGUGCCCUGUGGGACCGUCAUCAUGGGCUGGGCAGAGUUGUCUGUCGAGAAAAACUUAGAAAAGUACCGGUAUGUUUGCUCAUUUUUGCAGUACUUGGUGCUCAUUCCUAAUUGGGUUAGCCUGCGCGCUGACGAAACUAAACUCUGGAGUUAACCAGAGAUUAGUUUCAUCUGCGCGCAGGCUAUAAUUGGGUGCACAUGAAAAUAUUUAGGGAGGUUUUCAGUACUUCGGUUUUGUGAGCUUCUAGUAUACGGUUUAGGUUUUUCAUCAUCUUUAGGAAUGUUUCCAAACAAUAAGAGAAUCCAAUUCUUUCGCGCGACAGUUCUAGUAGUAGUAUUUAAGCCUUAUAAGUAAGUGAUUUUUCUUUUAAGAAAUCAAAUGACUUUCUCAGGUUUGAUGUUGCUGGUAUUCAUCCAAAAAGCAAAACCCCAGGAACAAUAACUCAGGUUGCUUAUGACAGGAAAUGCAUGUCCGAAGUGGUAAGUCAAUCGAUAGAAGACUGAAGAAUUACCCUGAAAAAAUUUAGCCUGUUUCAGGUGUUCAGAUAGUAGAGGGCGGGGAUCAGGGUGGGGGGAGUUAAAUUGUACACUGGGAAACCGGGGGGGGGGGGAGGCGAGAGCGAGGGAAUGCCUGUAAACAUUCUUAACAAAGGGUGGAUUCCAGUAUACCCUCUAAUCAUAACUAUAACAAAAUUCUCAAAUCUGAUUGGUUCUCAACUGCCCUCAUUUCAGCCUUAAUAGGACAGUUUAAUAGGGCAGUAUGCGUCAUGCCUAAGUAAUUGGACAGUACGUGCCAUCACGCGCGCGCUUAAAUGGCUUUUUUUUUUCAUUGCUAGCAAAAAAAUCUUGGAAUUUCUUGUGUUUUGAUUUGAAAAGAGCCCUAUAUAUCACAAAUUUUGUUAAAGUUAUGAUUGAUUGGUAACAGAACUUCGUGUCGUCCAAUUCGGUCUGUAAUCAUACUCGUGAUUAAACAAAUCAGACUCCCGCUACGCGGUCGUCCGAUUUUGUCAAUCACUCGUAUGAUUACAGACCAAAUUGGACUCCACUCAGUCCUGUUACCAUUACUUAGCGGUCGAUUAUGACACCUUCUGUUAACACUCAAGCACUAAUGACAUUGAAGGUCACGUUUCACACGAGCUUAUGGGUCGUGUCCACCUUGUCAACACUUUGUGUCACAAUUCAGUCAAACUGUAGUUCAUGUCACUAUAACUGUAGUUACAGGGUCGGCGGUCAAUUAAGGACAGAAAGAGCUCUGUAAGGCAAUGUUUACAGGAGUUCCCUCCUUCCCCCUUUCCCCAUCUAGACUCCCCUUGUUUUCUCUCUUAGUGAAUUUUUCUCCUGUGCUCUACUAUCUGAACACCUGGAACACUGGCUAGAAAAAUUUAAGAGGUGGUGGCUUAUGGGGGCGAAAUUUUAUACCACAUGUAAGGCCCAAACACAAAAAAUUACACGUUACUCAAGGCAAAACCAAAAACUAAGAAUUUAACGGCAACAAAAAUUAAAUCUUCAUGAAAUUGCUUCUUGAGGCCCAGUUUAGACGUCAAACUUUUCAUGAGCCAAACCAAAUUUGAAUUAUUAAAAAGGAAGACCUAAAUUAUUUAGACCAGCUGAAUUGAUUCAGAUGCCGAUUUUAAUUGCAUCUGAACUAAUUUCAAAAGGCGGAAAUUCUUAUUUCGGUCAAACUGUUUACAAAAUGUGUAAUAAUUUAUUUAUUAGGUCUGGUACAUGAAAAGUUCAGUGUCUGAAUCGAAGUUGCUCUAAUGGUGAAAUUCCUGGCCGAACUGGGCAAAAGGAACGGCUAAGCCGUUCCAAAUUGAAAGAGGCGUUCUUAAUUGAUUCAGGCACCAAACUUUUCAUGUACUUAAAUUUGAUCCAUUAGGUGCGGCUCAUGAAAAGUUUGGUGUCUGAAUUAAACUGGGCCUAAAAAUAUAAGGGAUAGUUCACUUUCAACUUCUCAUCUACAACUGGGCAGUUACACACUUAUAUUAGGUACACUAUCUAAGGAUCACAGCAGGAACACAAGGCUAAACACAGGCGAAAGUGAAACCUUAAAUACCCUCAGAAGCCAUACCCUAUAUCAGGCAGCAGAUACCUAUCUAGCCCACACAUGGGAGUACCCUCUGGGAACAUUCCUGAUUACUUUCUGACCCCCGCGUAAUAUUUGGAGAGUUCAGCAUUGAAUUUUAAGUAUUUGUACUUGAUUUUGUGAGCUUUUUUUUUGUAUCAAUUUUUUAAUUUAAGAAUCGUCGUCUUGGACCUGGCUCUUACAACAUUGAUGCGGGUGGAUUUAAUCCAAAAGCUGUGUUAGAGAGAUCAGCUGGUCCAGGUGAGAAAAAUCUGUAUAAAGUAUUUAACUCCCUUGUUCAGGUAGAAGUGCUGCAUUAAGUGUGAGAUAUUGUUUAUAUGGAUUACUUAACACAUGUUCCUCUCAGAGACUCAGAGGACCAUUAUUUUGUUCUAAUACACCUUCAGUGCAUGCACAUGCACAUAAAAUUAUUAUCUGUUGACAUGUUAGAUUAGACUGCAAGCAGUCCGUUUUCAGUCAGUUGAGUCAAAGGCUUGGCAGAACCCGAAAGUCAGUGAAAUGGCCUCAGCCGGCCUUUUUUCUUUGUUUGCUUCACUUGAUUUCCCUGCUUGCAUGGCAAUCCUGAGGGACUGCUCACAGUCUAAUGUUAAACAGGAGGGAAAAAAUUGAUCACGGAUACCAGUAAUUUAUAAGUGGUUUAAACAAUAUAAUCUCAUAGCUGUACCUACUCUUUUUAGGAUGGGAAAGGGCUUUUGAAACAGCUCGCUUAGCAAAGAUACCUCAUCUGCUGUAUAAAGAGCAGUGGGAGAAAAAACAACUUCAGGUAAAGUAAAUUUAAUACUUGCUUAAGCCUGAAAACACAAGCCGCUGGAUCAUGUCACCACCUACAGUCAAUAAACAAAAAAAAACUGCCUGCAUUUUCAUUUCCUCAGGUUGUACUUUCUUGAAAAGAAAAAUGAACUUGUACUCCUGGGACACAUCCAUUCUCACAAGAAAUUUUAAUCCAUCAAAGCGUCUAGUUGUUCAAUGAACGUGACUUUUUGUAUGCACAUAUUUUUUGUAACUGCAUGUAACCCAAGGCUGAGUUAUGUCAAAGGAAAAUGUAUCAGGGAAGAGUGUAUAUUUACUGAAAGUAAAUGUAUAUAUAAAAUUACUACCAUAAUUAUACACACUUAGUAAUUGUUUUCUCUUUUUACAACAGAAACAACUGUUGGGUCCUGGAACAUACAACAUCACUGACUUUAUUGAUCACAUGUCCAGAAAGCCUGGCAGCAAACGAGGAGUGUGUGAAACAAGAGAAGCAAGAUUUGAUACCACAAAAUUGGUUGGUUAGCUUUAAUUUUCAAGGAUUCAGCAGGAUUCAAGCCAUUGCAUUUAAGUGCCCACAGCCAUGCAGCAUUAGUACAACUAACAGAGCUGUGGAAACCCAUGCAUGUAUAUGGGAGCAGACUAACUUGAGGCUCUGCCAGGGUAAAUUCCAACAAGCAACAUGACCCAAUAAGUGGCACCAGAGCAUAAAAUGAAAUCGCAAGAGACAACCUCCCUCGGCCAAAUUGAGACAGGAAUGGAAAAGCCGAGAAUAAGCAACAAAGAAUAUAUGGUGGUUUGGCUAAUUUAUCACCAGUCUGUAUGCUAAAAAGAAGUAAUUUUCCCCAAUUUUCUUUGCACUCUAUAGAGAACGUCUUGUUAGACCCUCCUGUGAAUUGUGUUAAAUGUGAAUAGGUGUUCGAUAUGCAAAAUGUUAACUGAGAAACUGCAGAACUGUAAUGAUUUCUUUACAAGGCAUUGCUAUCCCCCUUUUCUAAAAUUCUGACAAAGACAAAGAACAUUUUGUUCAAUUUCCAACAGCAACGUGAAGCAUUUAUAAACACCAACGUGAGAUGUUUCAAAAUUCAGACAUAAAAAACAACAUCGGACCCCCCCCCCCCCCCCCCCCCCCCACCCCCCCACCUUUCGAUCUUCUCUCCCUCUCCCUCUACAGUGGUGAAAAAAAAAAAAAAAGGGGGAAAGAAAAGCGACCAACAUAAAGGGAGAGACAUUUUGUGGAAAAUUUUUAACACUAUUUAUUUUUUUUUAUUUUUUUUUUAUAAAUAUUUUUACAAAUCAUUCAUCAUCAAAUAAAUUAUUAAAAAAAAAAAACAACUUUUUUUAAAUUUCCAAAAGAAAAGGUGAAAAUUUAAAAAACCAACCUUGACAGUGUUAAAAAAUAAAAAAAAAAAAAAAACCACGGCCCCCCCCCCCCCCCUCGGCAGGGCCUCUAACAUGUUGAGUUCAUGCAUCUGUGCCUGUAAAGUAGUGAAACAAUUAGAAUGAAGGUGAAACGGAACUGCACGAAUAGAGUGUCAGGCAUGUAUGAUGCAAAUUUUACAUCAUCUUCAUUCUAUGUUUCACUUCUAUAAACCUAGGGUUAAGGUCGAUGCACUGGCCUGUUUCAAAUCAGUAUGGGUUUUCAUAGCCCUUGUUGGAGCAGCUGCUGUACACGUACAUAGUAGUAAUAUUUUUUUACUGGUUAUUUAUGUCUGAUAUAGUUGUGCCUUAAUAAUUUAAUGUGGAUCUGGCACAAAAUCUCAAUGCUUUAUUAUUGAGAAUCACUUCACACUGUUAUGAGAAAGAGUCGAAUAAGUGAUUUCCCUUUUGAGCCUUCAGUAGUCAUAAAUAAUGUACAAUAACCACAAGACAAGAAUUUUUCUUAAGCCAUUAUAGUGCUUUGUUUUGUUUUGUAUGUUUUUCAAUAAGUCUUCGUGACACCAUCAAGAACAAAAUCUCAGACCAAAUUGAGACUGCUAUUAUGUGUCUUCCCAUCAAUAAAGCAAAAGUUUUGCCUAUGCUUAAUUAUCUUGUGUUAAUUAAUCUUCAAUUUGUUAGAAAUGAAACCAGUUUACUCCUACAGUUCUAACUAUUACCAUGGACCCAUUAUUUUGGGCAUGUCUUAAUAAUUGCUACAUGUAGCUAUAAAAGAUCACUUUUGACUUUUGCUACUUUCUUUCAUAUAAAACAUUUACAGCUGAAAUGAUAUAAUGAUUACUAUUAUAACAGAGUCAAGUGCCAGGACCAGGGACCUAUGGAGAGGGUGGUAUACCGAGUGCUUUGGUUGAAGAAAAGGAAGGAAAAUCAGUUAGUAAUGUUGGGAUGCUUGAUUCUGGAAAGUCUUACAAAAGACAACUUCCUGAAGUGGUAAGUACAUUUUAAAUGCUGUGAUAAAAGUUAUUCUCCUUUAUAAUCCAAUUUCAAUAGUUGGCUAGUAGAUAUGAGGAAAAUUAUGUUACCGGAGGAGUCUGUGUGGCAGCAAUGCAGGGCUGUCAACUCUCCCUGAUAAUCCGGAAGAAUCCAGAUUUUGAACUGUUUCUCCCGGUCUCCAUAUUAGAGUCUGAAAUCUCCUGGAUAAUCGCCGAGGUAUGCCAUAUUUCUUGUAGAUUUGACUGUCUGACAAUGAAAUUUCAAAUAUUUUGCGUUGUUUGAGCUAUCGUACUAUUAGCUAUCGUUAUAUAAGCAAUAAUGUUAUUGGUGGGAAGUAAACCUAAGGUCAAAUGUUACAAUUCCAACAACAUCUUUUUUUCACGUUUUUUUUCCACAAAUGACGUCACACACCGUGCAUUAUGACGUCAUCUAUCAUCCCUUCCCCAUCAAUUCUCAAUAUUUGAAGACGUGGGUGGUUGACAGCCCAUGUGAUGUACAACACAGAAAAGUCUUCCAAUGGAUUCAAGAAAUAAUUAUGCAUCUGUGAGUGCAGGAUGGUUAUGAAUAAUGGGAAAUUUUAAAACUCUAAUUCACUAUUUCCUGGUAAUUUUAGGGAAGUCAUUUAUGUCCUGGACAGUAUGAGAUGAAGAGUUUUACAGAUGAGAUGGAAGCAAGAGUGGUCAGCAAGAGAGGUCCUUAUGAUCUUUUUACUGGUGAAAGAAACAAGCCAAUCUCUGUAGGCUACUUUGCUUUACCGGUGAGAACAAAGGAUUAAAGAAGAAAUUUAAAACAUCCGGUCAACCCCAAGCUAGUGCCACUCAACUUCUUGACGAAGUAAAAACUGCAUUAGUCAUGCAAGUCUUUGAUAGUCACAGCUACAUGUAGUAUCUCAUACACUUCUUUAAAUUGAAACAAGAUAGUACAUGUAUAUAAUUUUUCGCUUGGUGUGAUGAGAUUAAGGCUUGGCACCAGUUGAAUAUUUCCUACACAAAGGUAUCAUUUUCAUUUGUCCUUUUUUGCGUGUUUUUUGGGCCUUCCACAGUUGUCAAUCUUUUAUUUAUCAUCUAUUUUAUUGUCCUCUUCAUGUAUGUGCCCGUUUGUUCUUGUCAUCAUCAUCAUUUUCUUUCAUGUUAUUUUUUUGCUCCAUGUGCUGUGGGGUUUCUAAUUGGACUGUAAUUUGUUUUUAUCAACAGGCAAAGCAGAACCUUGGCCCUGGUGAAUAUGAUUUGAAGUCUUUUCUACACGAACUAAAUGGUAGUUAUUUAAAACUGUUUUCAUCAUGGAAUUUUUCUUUUUUCGUAUAUUUUGAUCUUUUACACUGUUAUUAUCACGUUUAUUUUCUUUCUUUCUCUGUUUUGUCAGACAAGCACAAAAACCACCAUGGAGCAUUCCUCAAAGUGGAACGUUUCCCGGCUUAUCCUACCAACAGGGUUUACUGUUCCACGUUGAGUCAAUAUCCCAGGGAUCCGGUAAGUCUGCUGUCUGACUAGGUCAUCCCCGGCCAAAUACAAGAUUAACUGGGAAUUAGAGUGAACUGACCUGCUUCUAAGAGUUGGAAAUUGGGAGAAAGGAGGAAAUAGUAUCUGUAAGCUAUAAGACGAGUCUAAAUAACAUCUUUGUGGGUAAGUUACAGAGAAACGAAGCAUGCUCAACUUUUUUCUCUCAAUAAGUUUUUUUUAAUCAAACAUAGCGGUGUGCGUGCGACCCAUCUCUGAUUCCCAGGCUCUCUCUCCUUUGGCAAGUUGGUGAUGAUGUUUUGAUGAUGUCACCCCCACCCCUGCAAAAAAAUUAGCGUGAAACGUGUCCCGAGAUCCCUUCAAUCAAUCAAACAACAACGGGUGUCCGAUGCAAUGGUCUUAACCUUGAUACUUGUUUAUAGACUAAGAGUUUUUCUUUAACAGAGUGACCCAGGACCUGGGAACUACUCGCCCCAGGACCUCACAAAGCCCGAAGCAUCUAAGAGACCACCAUUUGGUUCGUCUGCUGAACGAUUCGAUCGUCAUGCUAGGCGGUUUUUCCUCGGAAGUACGGUGAGUGUAUUCAAUCACAUGCAAUCCAAGUUCACUUCCCUUCUGACUUGAUACCCCACCUUCAUUGGAACGUUUACUUUACCAUUUCAUUGUUUUAUGUCUCUAAUAAAGUUUUUUUUUUUAUGAUAGAAUCCUGUUGGUCCAGGUCGCUACAAUAUUGAUCGGUACGGAGAAGCACAACACGCAAAUGGACACUGCAGCUCCUUCAAUUCAAAAACGAAAAGAUACGAUCUUAUACGUGACAAGUAUUUAACGUAAGUAGUGGUCACCUGAGAAGUCAGUUGUCCGUUUAAUAGCUCUUUCUUUAUUUGCCCCCCUUCUAACCACCCUUACCCCACCCGUACAAAGAUUGUAACAGGAUGUCGGCGAGAACAGUGCUCACUAGACAGGCCCAGAGUUUCCAGACAUUAAUGCUAGAUGGUUGAAAUAAUACCGGCACGUUCAUCAAGCUAGAUCCUUUAUAGUAAUCAUGUCAUUUAUUUCUCUUUCAGAGAAAGAAUAAAGCCUCGAGAGAGGGACAAAGUUUUUAUGGUAUCCGUCGACGCAAAAUGAAAAAAAAAAAUCUGCUCAUUAAUUUUACUCUUACAGCAGUUCUGAAGAAGCUGCCUCUAUUGCACUGUUCUGUGAGCCCGCAAGCACCUUUUGAUUAAUACCUGCAUGGCUUCAAAGAAUCCAAUUCUGGAACCCCGACCUCUUUAGUUUCGUAAAUUGGAAAAAAAAUUACCUAUGUUCUUCACAUGGUAAUUUUCUUUGUUUUUCAAUUGAAGAGCUAAAUAUGUGAAUUGAUAUUUGUACAUUAUUUUCAUAGAAUUUGGAAUUAUUUUUGUCGCAAUGCACCUUAUAUAAAUAUAUCGCGAGAGAAGUGGUCAUCAUUUGUCGGGAAUAAAAGAUAUUUUCUUGUGUUAACGCGUUUCUUUUUGUUACUAUUUAAGGAAUGUUUUAAUUCAUUGAGGUGACAGAGGGAGACAGCAAAUUCUAUUGAAACGAACGGACUAAAGAAAUAUCCUAACAAGUAUACAGACAGCUUUAACAGGUCAUACAACCCAGAAACUCCGUAAAUUUAUUUCUCAUCAGGUAGUAUAUUUGAAUAAGCGGAACUACUUGUCUUCAGCACCUCAGUGUUCUCUUUUUACAAACGUCGUAUUGCGCUUGGUUAUCCUGUGGUGUUGAGGCAAACCGCUCUUUGGUAUCAUUUUGAGAAUGCAAGGAGUCUACAGUGUUGCGCUUCCGGAUUUAAUUUUCGUGGCCCUCUUCCUUCUUAAAUUCGCUUCAGCCUCCCAAUUACAAACCUCGCCCGCCGACUUUCGAUCGCUGAUGAAUUUUAUUGGUCCGUAAUGUAUGUUCGAAAAAACUGAAACCUUUUGUUGGUAGGAAAGUAACAAGCUAUUUGAAAAGCGAAAGGUAAUUAGAAACGAGUUAUGAAUGGGGAGUUAUGUAUAUUUCAAAAAUUCCCCAUCAAUUUCCCUACUCUUUUUCCGACCUUUACUUUUGAUGUUGUAUUUAAAAAAAAAAAGCCUGUCAAAAAGAGUUUUAUUGUAGGGUCGCUUUUAUUUCCUAUUCUACCUAAAAUGAGAGAAAGUUGAGCUUUGUGUUUCAAGUUUUAGUCGAUCCAAUACCGGCCUUGUUUACUUUACCCAACUAAGCACGAAUAUAAACAGUGGCACCCAACGACAAUUUUCAGAAAAUAUCUGUUCAGAAGACGAUUUGAUAUCUAGAAUUUUCGGAACAUUUUUUGUAAAAUUUCUUGCUUGCCCGCCUCUCCUAGGAUUUUCGAACGUCUAAAAAAUGGUAUAAUUGCCUAUGUUUAACGGAUUUUUACCCUAAAAAAGGUCACCUAGAAUUUUCGGGAGCCUUUUUUCUGGCUGGAAUUUUCGAACAGGUAAGUUUUGAUCCCUAUAAUUUUCGGAUCACUAGACUUUCAGCUAGGAAAUCCGAACAGAUGAAAAAUUUUUAGGAGAUAAAAAUAUGCCUAUAUCUACCGUUUAAAUACUAAAAUACGUUUAACAAUGCUAUAUAUGUUUAAGUGGUUUUGAACUAUAUUCUCGUUGGGUGCCCCUGAUAUAAACUGAGUCGGGGAAAAUUGAUCCUUCUCAAGGGUCAUUCAAGCACUUCUAAGAAACAAUGUUUUAAUAGUACAAAACGUCUUUGUUCUCAGAAAAAUGCGUUUCAUAAUACAUCACGUCCUCUAUUAUAUGAAGUAGGGAAAUUCAGUUUAAGCAAAACAGUAGCUAGGUAGGUGAAAUUCUCGAAAAGCCAAAUGAUAAGCCCAUACAAAAAAUAUCAAGAGCGGUUGAAUUUGAAACACUGUUUCGUGGCAUAUGUAAAUAUCCCAGAUGGGGUUUCCCAGAAAGGAGGGAACGUUUUCAAAACAAGACCCCAUCUUAUUUUGACCGCUCGUUCUUUUAUUAGCUUAAGCGUCGGGUCAAAGUUUUCACUUUUGACCAAUAACAAGGAGCGGAAGUGGUAAUCAGAGAUCUGGGAAAAUACCGAAUGACGGAUAACUAUUUAUUUCAGCUAAGACACUCAAAGAAGCAGUCCAUGCGUUUUACAGGAACAGAAAGGACCUGUAUGCUGCGUAUUUUACAAAGAGACAGUUUCGGCAUAUUACAUACAGUCUGCAGUGGCUUGAUUCAAUACACGAGAGGUUCUCAUUAGGAAGGUAUUAUAGAUUGAAUUCUAAUCAGUGUCUAAUGGCAUGAAAUUUCCUUUCUUUUAUUCAAAUCGAAAUUUAUACGGCCUUUAUGAAUCGGACAUAAACAAUAAUAUUGGCUUUCGAGUGUACUUUGAUUUUACUCAGAUAUAGCAAGUAACGAGUCGGCUUUACGACUCUUGGUCGAAACUAUGCAGCUAAAUAAACUAUUGGUGGAACGUUUCGUACGUUCUGCCCUGAAUUACUUUACUUUCGUUUAAUAGAAAGUGAAAGAACAUCAGAGCCUGGGUUAGCUGAGGGGUGUAGUCCCCUCAUGGUUUCCUACUGAGAACGGGGUAUCGUAUUUCGAUGGCAGGAAGAUUUCAUAGUAUCAGUGACGAUCUUCUAGAAUAGUGUAUCGGCAUUCUUUUAAGUAUGUUUUGGAGUAUUUUAAUAUGCUUGGGAAAGAAACAGCACUGCGGACAACUGAUUUGUAUUCAUACAAAGUGGCUUGACAACAGCCGUGACGAUCUAUGACGGCCGGAGCGAGUGAACUAGUAAAUGCUAUUUAUGUAUACAUUACCUUGAUCAGUGAAUGAUCUCGUUUAGAUUGUUGCAGCGCGCUUUGCUUCUGUAGCUAACUCCGACUCAGUAGGUCUUCGAAUUGACCGUUUCCGACCCUUCUGUGAGAUCGUGAAGCUUCUUUGAGUUGCAAUUUGCUGUGUCAUCAGUGCUUUCAGUAUUGCAGCGAGUCUUAGCUGCAGCAGGUCUAUGCCAGAAACUCGCGAGAAAAAAGACGUCUCAAGACUUAUUCACUGGGAGAUGUACAUAAAAAGUGUUUCUUCUUUAUAUUUUGUAUUUGUAUUUUAACCCCAGUCAAGCUACAAAUAUCUUGCCAUGUGAGAGUACGAAACUAAUGGCCAUGGAUUGGGACACACUACUAGCGGAAAUAAACAGAAGCAGAGAAGGAAUCGCAGAUGGAGACCAAAUUGGUAAGUCGGCCAUCGACUUAAGUGCUCAUGAUCAGUUCCGACUCUAAGCAGGCCUCUCUCCCGCAUAAACAGUAAUUCAUAAUACGUAUCAUAGGACAACAAAUGCCGGAACUGCUUUAUUUUAGGCCGGCAAAUGAAACUUUUCUGAUCUCUAAGGCCUAGGCUUCACGUGUUAGGAACGUAAUUCUUUUGAGCAAACUCUAUUGUUCUCGUUCAUUAGCAUUGGGUUUCUUCGACGCGUUUUGUCCCUAGCCAAAGCCCGCAAAUUUUCUCUCCAGUUUCAAACAUUUCCACGUCCACGCGUAUCCAUAUUCAAAUCGAAUUUGUCCUUCCACACGUAUCCGAUUCACUCUAGUAUCCAGGACUCCUCUGGGGAUAUUGGCAACAGAGCAUGCGUCAUAAAACGCGCGAAUUUUGCUCUGCCUUUCACGGUAAAGAACUGGGCUCGUUCUUGUUUGGUCACGGGAUGAAAAAAUAUCCGGACUAGCGUCCACACGAUUCCAGAUUCCUAGCGUAUUCAAAAUUUCUACUCUGGAGAGCAGAUUCAAAAAGUUGCGGAUUCUUCUACGGGAUUCACUGGAUACGUGUGGACGGAAGCAAAAGUUGCGGAUUCAAAAAUGUCCGGAUACGUGUGGACGGGGCCUAAGUAAAUUGGUGAAAACACAAGAUGUAUUAAGAAGUAACCCUAAAUUGUAAAUACAAGACAUUUUACGUCAGUAGAGGACUUUCAAAUACCAUAACACUGCUACUACAUUACUUCUUUCUGACAUUCGAUAUACUGAUAUAUAUUCGUGUUCGUCGUCACUGUUUUGGCAUUUGUACGUGAAGGCAACAACGAAAAUCCUUUAGAAAAUUGUGCUGUUGGUAACUUGUAUGAAGUGAGAUCAGAUUUCGGUGGUUUUUCAGUGCCUUAGCAUGGGGAGGGGCCUGGGGGGCCUGGGCCCCCAAUAAUCUUGACAGGCAUGUUUAAUUUGGUCAGCGGCCACGCUCUUCACGCUGCUCUUCAGUUCAAUGUGUUCAUUUCGGUUCAAUAAAGGGUGAAAAUUAUUCAUUUAUGGCUCCAACAAAGAAAAAUCAAGCGAGCAUAUUAAACAAAGUACAUUUCUUAAAUGGGUGAGACCUAGAAAUUAAUGCUCUCGGAAGGCUGAAAAUGCUAUUUCAGAGACCCUAUCUUUCAAUCAGGGGAGCAUGUCGCCGGACCCUCCUAGCAGCUCGUGCCUUCGGCGCUCCUGAUUGCCCCCCUCCCCCAAUAAAUCUAACCUUGCUACAGCACCGUUUUUGUAUUAGUAAAAGAAGGAUACAUUUAUAGAUACAGACUGCUUGUUGAAGGAAGGACUGGUGACAGCGGAAGACAUCAAGUCCAUCAUAACCGACUUAGCUUCAGAUCCCAAACAAGUGAGAGAAUUCCUGGCGUUAUUGGACAUAGAGGAUGAUCAGAUAGAACAGAAUGUCGGGCAGGACUUUGAUGAAACUGAUGGUGCCGCAUUGAGCAGCUCUAUUUUUGAGAAGCUGCCACACAAAGAACUGCCUUAUAAAGGCCUUGCUGCUGCUCUUGAUAAUGGUCCUUUGAAGCGACAAGACCUGGUGGUUAAACACUGCCUUAUAAACAAGGGUAAGUGAAUUGGCGAGAAAACGCCCCCUCCGCCGGAAAUUUAAUAAGUAUCGGCACUUCCAGCAUUUCCAAAAUUCAAAUGGUGCUGGGGAAUGAGAGACCAAGAGCCACUCUGUGUCGUUGUUUGUUUGUUUGUUUUGUUUUCCUUAAUUUUUACUGCUGCCUAGUUGCUAUUGUUCAAGGACCUUUUGCUUUACACAAGAACUGUUAAAAUGAGAAGUGAUUCCUCGAAGAAGGGCGGUGUUCAUGCUUCAGUUUUUUCCCAAUCAUACAAAUAAAAGCUUUCAGCACUGAGAAAAACUUAUUUAUCCGGUGCCAAGCAAAAAAUAGUCUUGGUUAUGUCUGGCCAAGAAAAGGAAGUAGUAAGCAAUGUAACAGAAAAAUGAUUGAUUACUUUUGUUUAAAUAAAAACUACUCUGACAAUGUUCUGGUUGUAGAUAUUAUUCCCAAGAGUAUCUUAGCAAGGGGUAAAACAGCAUUGGCGGCUUAUCGAAGAGCCUUAAAAAAAGGAAAAACUUACGAUAAACGCGUUAAAGUCCUUUUGAUCGGCCAAGACCGCGCUGGAAAAACUAGCGUCGCAAGAGCUCUGAGAGGUGAAGCAUUUGAUGAGGACGAGCCAAGCACAGAUGGUGUGAAAAUGGACGAGCCGCUGAAAAAUGCAACUGAAAAAGAGCCCUGGGGAUAUUCUCGAAGAAAAUCGAGUGCAUUUGAAGACAAGUGCGUGAGGAUAAUGCACCAAGACUUGUUAGAAGAAGUGCAGAAUUUCACUGGAAACUCAGCUGCUCCACCCGUGAUAACGAAUCAACUCAAUGGUAAGGGUAAAGGAAAGGGCUUAAGUCAACUCGCUGUUUUUACUAAUGACUUUUUGAAAACCCUACAACUUUAAAACUGAUAAUUAAAGAAAGUACACAAGAAAGGAGUAUUUUUAUGUGCAAAAGAAAAAUUAAUGUUACUUAGACGGAUCGAAGCGCAACAAUGCCAUUACGAGUCUACAUAGCAAACAACAUCACGGCUUAACUGACAGACGACCAAUAACAUCGCGACUUAAUUGACCAAUCAGAUCCACAACCAGUGUUUAAUGCCAUCAACUGACGUGAUACAAUUCACUUUGACUCUGAAGAUGACUACAGCACAGGCUGUCGAAACGUCAGUCACUGUCAACAACAACAGUCCUAUUCAGGACCACGUUCACCCUGACUCAACCUAGUUAUGAAAUGACUGCUGGGUUCAAACCUUUCAUAUUCAUCUUUCUUCCUAUCAGAUUCUACCUCUAGCUCUCUUCACGCGCUAGAGAGGGGUGAGGUUGAAGCAGUCCCAGAUGGUAUUGCGAAUUUACUCGAAGAAAGCCUUGAGGCUGAUGAAGUCGUUCCAUCGGAUGGUAUAUGGCCAGUGAUAGGGGAGUUGGCUGGCCAAACAGUUGAUAGGGCUUUGCAUCCAAUGUUCAUGACCUCGGAGGCUUUGUACCUCUUGGCGUUUGAUCUCUCAAAGAAUGUUUACGCAAAUGCUGGGGAAGAAAAUGACUCUGGUCUACAUUAUAUCCUGAGAGCUAUGGACACUGUACACUCCUUCAAGCAAUCCAUAGAGGGAGAAACGUUCCCUCCUGUAAUACUUGUGGGCACUCACGCAGACUGCGUCAUGCCUGAUGACCCUGAGAAAAAAAUGGAAUGUCUAUCAGAAAGAUUUUGCGACAAUUCUUUAAUGAAGGAACAUGUUCGGAAGAGCGUUGUUGUGAACAACACGUUGGCAGGUCAUGGACCUGACAAAGAAGACUCUGGAAUAAAACGUUUGCGUAAGUUGAUAUUGGAGGAAGCCGAAAUGAUGCCACAUACCAAGAAAGAGAUUCCUCUUAUUUGGUUAUAUAUAGAGGAUAAGAUCGAAGAAAAAGCUCGAGGCGGAGAGCAUUUUGUCUCCAGGGGAACGUUUCAACGAGACAUUGUUGAAAAGGUUUGCGCGCUUGAAGAAGAACAAGACAUCGAGCAGCUAUUACGAUUUCUUCAUGAUCGUGGCACUGUUGUUUAUUACAGUCAUCCAGAAAAUUCAGAUGGUUUGGUAGUGUUGGAUCCACGCUGGCUAGUAAAUGUUUUCCACCAGAUCCUCAACGGUUUACCAAGUAAAGAAGAUAGCAUGAAAAUUCGCAACUACCGAAAACAGCUUCGAGAGAGAGGUACUCUCGCUUCAGAUCUAGUAGAGCACGUUUGCGAAACACUCGACGACGUGCAGGAAAUCAAGCAUUCAUUGAUUUUCAUAAUGGAGAGGUUAGGCCUUCUUUGUCGAUGCAGCAGUGAAGAUCAGGAAUACCUUGUGCCGUGCAUGUUGGCGCCAAAUCCAGAAGAUAAAUUGAUGUCAGUACCAAAAUCAAGCGAUGAAACUUGUUCACCAAAUCUUUACCUUACGUUCAAGACAGAUUAUGUACCAGCUGGGCUGUUCCCAAAGCUUGUUUCUCUCUUUGGAUCAUGGGCAGCGUCCAAAACGGCAUGUAAGCAGCCCCAGAAAUUCUCCAAUGCAGCUCGCUUUAUUUUAGAUGACAAGACUUCUCUGCAAAUUAUCUGCCACAAUAGUGUCGUAGAAUUUAACAUUUACCGACAGGGCGAUUCUCAUGGAGACUCUGGAUGCCAAGCGGAGGUUUAUAGGUAGGCGUACUUACUUUACACAAAUUUACCCACAGGUUUUAAAAACGUUAGGAUGCUUUUCCUUUGUCAUGAUGAUAAAAUUUACCACAUAGGGAAAGAGGGGGUGUUCUUUCUUUAGGCAACAUGUCUCAUUUAUCUUUCCUCUGAUAUUUCCAGUAAACAGAUGCCUACUGAGAAUUAGAAAAUGUUACUCCACAAGGCCUCUACAUUGACCUGUUUGCCCUGACCAAAAUAAGUAAGGUGUUUUACAGUUAGCAGUAUAAUGCCAUUUUCAAGCCUCAUGCAGUGGAAAUUUCGGUGAAUAUAGAAGGAAUGACAUUGACAUUGUGUGUCACAAGUCCUAGCUCUAUCCCUUUUUUUUUUUUUUCAUUUAAGCUUUUUGGAAAGUUGCCCAACAAUAAUUCGUGACGAUUGCCACUGGCUGCGUGCAGUGCCAUGGCAACUUUCUGUCCGCUGCCCAGUGUGCGCAGGCAAAGCAGGCCUUUGUAUCUGGCAUGGCACUCAACGAUGUCGACACGAAGACUGUGCUCACUACGUGCCUUUAAAGACCGACGGCCCAUACUUCUGUCCGUUUGCUGACCAAGUUAUUCCUGAAGAAACGCUCUACGAGUGGCUGAAUGUAAGCGUCUUUUUUGUUUCUAACUAACAUUUUUUAUACUCAUUUAUAACUGAUCACUGUUUAUCCUUCAUCCUAUUCUAUCAAUUCAAAGGGGACGAUAAACAGUCAAAUCACACUGCUGUUCCAAAAGAGUAUGAUUGAGACUCUCAUAACAUGACUACUUUGCCUGGGUUGUGCAAACUAAUCGGCCGCUCAUAAAGGACCCAGUUCCACCACGAAUUUAGUUAAUACCGGAGAAAUCGAACACGACUACCCCUGGGGUACUUUUGCAGCCCAAUUUGUCCUAACUCAUUAUGGGUUACUGUGAAGUGCUCAAGUUGCUACUUAGGGCGCGUUCGAGUGACCGCAUUCCGGAAUAAUAAUGCCUGGAAUAAACUCUAAAAAGCACUUGUUUUGGUUUCAAUUGAAUGAUCAAAUAUAGAAAUCUAGUAAGAAAUGUAGUAAUUAAGAUCAAUGUAACAUUUCAGUGAUCCACAAAUUCGCGAUCGAAGAGAUUUGUCACAAAUUUCUGCUUAUUCCUAUUCCGGAAUACGAUCAAUCGAACACAUCCUAAAUCAUCUCCCGGUCGUGGCAAUUCUAAUACCUAUUUUCUUAAUCCUAGGUCAUGGAAAACAACAAUGUACGACAAAACACAAUUCCAAGUAAGAAAAUUUUUGGAUAUCUCUUUUUGUUCAUACAGUUUAUGGAUAUCAUUCGUGUGUGAUAUUGUUUCGAAUAAUAGGCAUUUUUCUGUAAGUAUUUUACAUGUAAAGUUAUGAAUUAGCAACCCAGAAUAUCACACCUUAAAAGACGAUGUAAAGUAAGACUAAAAAUACGAGUCCCUGAGCUGUAAAUUGAACGAACAAAAUUUCCAGAGUACGACGUUGUACGCUAGUCAGCUCUGGACAAAGACCUGGGAACAAGAAUGCGAAGUUGGAGGGAGAGGUUCGGAAAGCAGAAAACAGAAAACUAAAGCGCUAGGACAUUUACAUGCAGUUGUCCUCUACGUUCUGUUUGAUAACUCGAUAGUAAAAGUUAUUCGGAUUUUUCCAUAUUCGUGUUCUUAAAUGUUUUUCAUAUUGGCAAGGACAUCUUAUCACAACUUUUAAUAAGACGACUAUUUUACUUUAAGCUUUUCACCAGACCUUGACAACCUGUAACCAGGACAGAUCGAAAGUGCAAGUCACCCUAUUAUGUUCAGAAUGGGGUUCAUCAAAGGGCGGGCUGCCGACUGUGAACAGACUGUUAGCCAUAGAAUUGGCAAAACAUCAGGAGCUACAGGUUAGUCUUUACGUUUCUGAGUGUAGUGAAGACGAAAAGAGAAUGGCUUACAGAUUAUAUGGCAUCACUAUAAUACAAGCACAGAAACGCCCCGGUUUUGAACCUCUUGAUUGUCUAUGCUUUCGUCCGUAUGAGAGUUUUUGGAUAGACGUUGUGAUUGGGCAUGGAACGAAGUUGGGAAAACAAGCCCAAAUGAUCAGACAGUUAUACCCCGAGUGUCUCUGGAUCCAGUUUGAGCAUACUGCCCCGGAAGAACUUUCGAUGCACAAGACUUACGGCCGCAACAUUUCCAUCGGCGAAGAUAAGCACCAAACGGAGGUGCAGCUCAGUGCUAUGGCCGACCUUGUGGUUGCUGUUGGACCGAAGUUAGCUGAAGACUUCGAAAGGUAUCUUCUCUCUUACCAGGAGAAGAGGGUCUUCGAAAUAGUGCCCAGCCCUUGCAUCUUUCAAGAAUUUGACAAACUUACGCAGCCGAAACAAGAUCGUGACAAAUUUUAUGUGUUGGUGUUUGGUCGUGGUGACCAAGAAGAUUUUAAGCUCAAGGGCUAUGACAUAGCUUCGAAGGCGAUUUCAGAACUAAAGGAUUCGAAGUAUCAUCUUUACUUUGUUGGAGCAGCUAAGGGUGAGAAGGAAAAGGUGACGCAAUACCUCCUUGAGUGUGGGAUCUCUAAAAAUCAACUAACCGUACGUGGGUUCAAAAGCAGAGAAGAACUCGCCAGGCAGUUUUGUGAGGUGGAUCUCGCCAUUAUGCCUUCAAGAACAGAAGGCUUUGGCUUGACUGCCUUAGAAGCCCUCUCUGCUGGUUUACCUAUUCUUGUUGGCGGAAACUCGGGACUGGCAGAAGCUCUUAAAAAGAUGAACAACCGUUUGGCUUCUUCAUGUGUAGUGGACUCUGAAGACGCGAUGGACUGGGCUGCAGCAAUCAAAGCUGUUAAAGAGCAACCCAGAGCAGAAAGGUUGCAAGAUGCGCAAACACUAAAGAAAGAUUUCAAACAAAGUUUCAGCUGGUCACGGCAAUGCAAAAGCCUGGUAAAAGAGAUGCUUUUUUUGGUCAGAGGUAAGCAAUUAACGCUUUGCUGGUUGUAUUAAUGAACCAAAAUGCUCUAUGUAAACAGUGGAAGACGUUGGCUUUGUUUGUUUGCAUAGCCUGAUAUAAACAAGACAGUUAUGACCCGAGACGAAGUCAGCUUUUCAGCCAAUCGGAGCGCGCGUACUGUAUUAGUUAUUCAAUCAAUUGCAGCAGAAGAAAAAGAGCUUUUUUCCCCUCCUGUUGCUCAUUCCAAACAAGAAGAGGUAAUCUUAAAUGCUUUAAGUUUUCACUCACCUGUUUGUAUUUGACUGAUGAAUGUAGUUCGUCAAAGAGAAUUCAGAUUGGCUUCAUUUGUAGCUAUUAAGCGAUAUCAGAGAUCGAUGUGCGCAUAAUGUAUCACCUUCAAUACUCAAUAAUUGAAACUAGAUUUCAAUUUAGUAAAAUCCAGUUUAUCUUUUAGGAAAGAGGCAACCAGAUAAAAUGAGGUCUGAGGGGGAAGAAGCUACAGAACGAGUGCAGGGCGAGAACAGACUAGAUAGUAGAGGAGACUUAGAAGCGAUCGCAACUGCGUCCCAGUCAAAGCCUGACACAGUAGAAGAAAAGAUAGAAAUCAAAGCGAGAGUUAGCAAUCGCGGUAUGUAUGGUCCUAGAGGAUAGUAUUUUUUGCUGUCUCACUAAAACUGAAAAUGACCUUUGCUUUGUACCCGCUCAUGGUGCUUACGCUGGAUUAAUUAGUUUCAGCUAUGUACCACAUUUUCUUGGAGUUCUGCUUUCUCGUGAAAUCAAAUCACGACUGGUUCAAAUCACUAGUUGUUUCUGGAGGUUGCCAACUUGUACCCACUAUUUUCUUUGAAGUGGAGAGAACUGAUCUAAGCGGCUGCCUUUCUUGGAAUAGACAAUCACAUGUCAAGACAUCAGAAUCACAUCACAUGGUUUUGUAAUAAUACAAGACCUCAUUACAUGAUGUUUUGAAUGUUACAGAGGUAGCAGGUAAAGCCGGCUUUGAUACAGUCAUCGACCAAUCUUUGAGUACCUGCCCCAUCAAUCACUGCCAUCAGGUUACGGGACAAGUUUUAAAAGAUGUUCCUGAUUUUCAAGCAGUAAGUAAGGUAAAGUACGCGAUAUUUUUUAAGGAAAACAAUUCAUGCAGCUGAUAUUAUUUCUUAACCAGUGGUUUGUUUGCGCAGGAAAAAGAUGAACUGCGACAUGUUGAUAAUGUAUUGAAUAGGAUUUGGAGUUACAAGGGAUUAAUAACUCCCCCACCUGCAAUGGGCUAGAAAUGAUAGCGGCUGUGUUAGUUAACAUCACGCAUCACGCGACGCAAAUUAAUUUCUCUGUUAUCAAAAAGUCAGAUUGACUCGGGCAGCUUAGUGUAUAGUUAUCAGGUGAUGGAUUACCGUCUUUUUCAACAGCGUAACUUCUGUUCGCAGGCGAACAAAAAAGGAAGGACAAAGCCAUUUCUUGACGACUGCAAAAAAAACAAAGAAAACGGAAACUCCAAGGGGAACAAAGGCAGACUCAAGCUAGGAGUAUUCGUCGUCGCCAUAGUCAUAUUCUUUAUUUCAUUUAUUUUUCCUAGAGUCUUGUAAAUCGCCGGUUGUUGUGUUUAUUUAAAUUUGUAUAUAUGUACCCUCUAUAGGUUUAACAUUACAUAAACAUCACAUGAUUUUUCAAAUCCUUACAACUAAAUAAGGGAAACAGCAAAAAAAAUCUAAAAUAGACCUAAAAUAGGCCAGUUAAUAUUAAACAA